ACACCAGCCACACCCUGGAGUCAAGUGUUUNGGGGAGAGUGUCUGAACACGGUUGAGUGUUACGAUCCUCGCCUGGACCGCUGGGCCUUCGCCCCACCACUCCCCAACGACACGUUUGCCCUGGCGCACACAGCCACAGCAUGUGCCGAUGAGAUCUUUGUCACGGGUGGCACACUGCGCUACCUGCUGCUCCGCUUCUCGACCCAGGGACAGCGUUGGUCAGCCAGCCCUACGGGGGGCAGCAAGGACCGCACAGCCGAGAUGGUGGCGGUCAAUGGCUUUCUCUACCGCUUUGACCUCAACCGCAGCCUGGGCAUUGGCGUGUACCGCUGCAGUGCCAGCACCCGGCUCUGGUAUGAGUGCACCACGUACCGGAUGCCUUACCCCGAGGCCUUCCAGUGCGCCGUGGUGGACAACCUCAUCUACUGCGUGGGGCGCCAGCGCAUGCUCUGCUUCCUGGCCGACUACAUCUCGCCCAGGUUUGUGCCCAAGGAGCUGCAGAGCUUCCCGUCCCCGCAGGGCACACUCCUGCCCACCGUCCUGACCCUGCCUGCCCCUGAUGUCCCUCAGACCAGGGUCUAG